AUGUCGACGGUAGAUGGGACCACAUCCAUCGAUGCUACAAAGCCGAUCUCAAAGCCAAACACGGCUUUGCCGAGCUGUGCUUCUAAUGCGAUAAGUGGGUCAUCGGCAAGGCGAGUUGGCAUGUGCAUUGCCAGAGCCACCUGGACGAUCUCGAGUCACUCCCAGUCUAAUGCGAUCCCCUUACCUUCCGUCGGACCCUGGCCGCCGCCGGUCACUUCGAGCUGGAAGCAGCACCUAGACGAGCAUUUUGGCGAGCUCGAGAAGAAAGACGAGCUCGCUCAGACGUCGGACGAGAGAAAGGCGACACCGUGUCCAGACCCGCGAUGUGGCCUCUCCUUCGACGCCGUCGCAGAUCUCCAAUACCACGCCCAAGAUAUCCAUUGUUGUGAGCGAACUAAGGCCUGUCCGAGUAAGCGGCUUUACCAUCCCGGCUGGCCACGUUCGAAAAUCGACGACGGCUUCAUCGCCUUUGGCGAGCCUGACCGCCUUCGCGAUCCCUCAGAGGUGAAAUAUCGAUCCAACUCUAUCGACGGGUAUACCGUGACGUUCAACUCUGAGAAGAUCGAUCCCGCUGUUUCACCCGGAGUAUGCUACAACAAUCCACCUUUCACGGUUGACCAACACUUGAUUGGGGCCGCUCCUCCUUUCGACUCGUCCAAAUCCACGAGCGGUCCGGACCUAGCGCUGCUGAUCGACCCACGAUUUUCCGACCCGGAGUUGCUGGACUUCGACUCUUCAAUGGGACUGGACCCCCUUUCCUCUCCUUCCGACUGUUCUCCUGGCUCGAACAGUGACAGCCCGACAGAGUUUGACCCUCUCACGCCAGACCUGGGAGAGGUGACCUACGCAAACGGACCACCGAUUCGAGUGGAGUCGUUUGAUCAUGACUCCAACCCCUUCCGUCCUCAGUUCGGGGUUGUGGAGGAGGAGAAUUCGCUUACCGCCAUACGCUCUCAGGUCCUGCAGGCCGUCGAACGUCGCGGAAAGCGAAGCUCCAAAGGGGCCACACACUCCCGUAACAGGCCAGUGACCAGGUCGCAGAGCAAGCAGUCUUCCACUCACCGAAGGAGAUGA